CUGCGUCUCGAGAAGUUUCGACAUUCGCGCAGAGCAAUCAGUUCGCGUGCCGGCAGCCGUCGCUGAUUCUUUAGAUUGUCCGCUAUUCUCUUCCCAAGCAAAUAGUUCAAGAUGUACAGACUCCUCCGUCCUGUGUGUCGCCAAGCUCUGGCUGUAGCCCGUUCCCACAACAUGGGGUCCCGUUAUUUGGCCACAACAUCCCAGAUGUGCAACGCCAAAGAUAUCAAAUUCGGCGGAGAAGUCCGAGCUCUCAUGCUCCAGGGAGUUGAUAUUCUUGCCGAUGCAGUGGCCGUCACCAUGGGGCCCAAGGGUCGCAACGUGAUUCUCGAACAAUCCUGGGGCGGACCCAAGAUCACGAAGGACGGUGUGACCGUGGCGAAAGGCAUCGAGUUGAAGGACAAGUUCCAGAACAUCGGUGCUAAACUCGUGCAAGACGUGGCCAACAACACCAACGAGGAGGCUGGAGACGGAACGACGACAGCAACGAUCCUUGCCCGCGCGAUCGCUCGCGAGGGCUUCAACCAAAUUUCGAAAGGAGCCAACCCCAUCGAAAUUCGUCGUGGCGUGAUGCUCGCCGUCGAUACGUGUCUCGAGGAGCUGAAGAAACUCAGCAAGCCCGUGACCACCCCCGAGGAAAUCGCUCAGGUCGCCACGAUCUCGGCCAACGGAGACGUUGCCGUCGGAACUUUGAUCUCGGACGCGAUGAAGAAAGUCGGUCGCGACGGAGUCAUCACCGUCAAGGACGGCAAGACGCUCGUCGAUGAGCUCGAAGUAAUCGAAGGCAUGAAGUUCGAUCGGGGCUACAUCUCUCCGUACUUCAUCAACACCGCCAAGGGUGCGAAGGUCCAAUUCGAGGACGCUCUCAUCCUGUUCUCGGAGAAGAAGAUCUCGAGCGCCCAGCAGCUGAUUCCCGCUCUCGAGAUGGCGAACCAAGCCCGUCGUCCGUUGAUCAUCGUCGCUGAGGACGUGGACGGGGAAGCUCUCUCGAUGCUCGUCCUCAACCGACUCAAGGUCGGACUCCAGGUCGCUGCCGUCAAGGCGCCAGGUUUCGGUGACAACCGGAAGAACACGCUGCACGACAUGGCAAUCGCGUCGGGAGGCAUCGUUUUCGGAGACGAGGCCAAUCUCGUCAAGCUCGAAGACAUUCAAAUGGGAGACUUCGGCCAGGUCGGUGAGGUCACCAUCACCAAGGACGACACCCUGUUCCUCAAGGGCAAAGGCCAGAAAGCCGAUAUCGAUCGCCGAGUGAAUCAGAUCAAGGACGAAAUCGAAAUUUCGACCUCUGAGUACGAGAAGGAGAAGUUCAGCGAGCGUCUCGCUCGCCUGUCGAGCGGAGUCGCUCUCCUGAAGGUCGGUGGCAGCUCGGAAGUGGAGGUCAACGAGAAGAAGGACCGAGUCAACGAUGCGCUCUGCGCCACAAGGGCCGCCGUCGAAGAGGGGAUCGUUCCCGGAGGUGGAACCGCCCUCAUUCGAUGCCUUCCCGCUCUCGAGAGCAUGAAGUGCGACACCCAGGAACAGAGAAUGGGCGUGGACAUCGUCAAGAAAGCUCUCCGCAUGCCCGCCACCCAGAUCGCCAGCAACGCCGGCGUCGACGCCUCGGUCAUCGUGAACAAGAUCAUCGAGUCCAAGGAGCGUGACUUCGGCUACGACGCUGCGAACGACAAGUUCGUGGAUAUGAUCAAGUCCGGCAUCAUCGAUCCCACGAAGGUAGUGAGGACCGCUCUCACGGACGCUUCCGGCGUGGCGUCUCUGCUCACGACCGCUGAGGCUGUCAUCGUGGAAUUGCCAAAGGACGAGAAGGAAAGCGCUGGAGGAAUGGGCGGCAUGGGAGGCAUGGGAGGAAUGGGAGGAAUGGGCGGUAUGAUGUGAGCGUCGCGCUGGUAGACCUCUCCCGAAGACUAGAAUUUAUAUACAUAUAUGCAAGUUGUAUCAUAGGCGUGUUCAUCAUUUUUUGGUACUCCAAGAGAGAAACAUCGGACGAAUAGACAAGCAUUAUUGAACAAACCACGGGCAUUCAAGAAGCUCUGUACAAACAAAGGCUCAUCGAUUAGUACCAUGGAAAUGCCCGGAUGCAUCAUUAUUAUUAUUAGAGAAUAAAUCCCUCAU